UGAAUUUCAAUCCGAAAAGGAUCAUAUAGGUUCCUUACGUUAAAAAGAACACAGAACAGAGCUCAUUCCAACGGAAACGGCUACCAUUCCCUUUACAGAAGGUCCUGAGGAUCGAGGUUUACAUCGCGCAAUACUAUUAUCUUUUUGGUGUUUUACUCUCUGCCGGUGCAAAAAAGGAAAAAAAAUGUGGGCGCGGGAAUAGAUCACAUGACCUCAGCACUACGCGCAUCGUUACAGAACCAUUGGAACAAGCUCAAGAACGAGUGCAACUAGGUGCUUUGCUUUGUAUUUGACACUAAAAAACUUCUUAAUUAAAAUUUUCUUUGAAAAAAUCGGGUGAAAUUUCCGAGAUUUUUCUGCAACCGGGACUUCCGGCCCCUACCGAGAAAAAAACGGGAUCCAGAAAAAAAAACUUCGCUGCUACAUCGAUCAUUGUUAACACAAAUUGUGUAUCUUCGUUGCAGAGUUUAAUUGCACGACUGGACGUCUGGACCUCGAUCUGCAUAGCAGUUUCCGAGUUCUUGCUUGUUCUCUAUACACUCGAUGGCAAUCUCUCAAGUUUCCAUUUGUAUUCAUUCUCUACUGGAGAAAGCAAUAACAUGGAGGAUGCAAGUAGAGUGCCAAGGGUUCUGUCGUUCCAGUUAUUACAAGAAAUUACAAAAAAUUUCUCUCCGGACAUGAAAGUUGGUACAGGUUCAUACGGAAGUGUUUAUAAGAUAACUUUAAGGAGUGUGAUUGGCGUACACACUAUGCAAUAAUUAGAGGAAUUUGUCAGGGGAUGAAAUACCUUCAUGAGCAAUUGGAAACUCCUAUGUAUCAUUUGGAUUUAAAACUAGCAAAUGUUUUGCUAGAUGAAAAUAUGGAGCCCAAAAUCGCAGAUUUUGGCUUGUCAAGGCUCUUCCCAGGAGAAUCACAAUUCACAAACUGUGCUAUAGGAACACUGAGUAUGCACCACCUGAAUAUAUAGACGACCGUAUAAUCUCCACCAAGUUUGACAUAUUCAGUUUGGGUGUGGUGAUUAUUAAGAUAAUGGCAGGACCAGAAAGCUACUUUCAAAGUGGUGUAACGUGUCCUCAAAAAUUCAUCAAAAAUGUACAUGCUGACUGGAACAACAAUCUACAAACAACACCGGUUUACGCGUUAGAGCCAUAUUCCAAACAAGUAAAGAGAUGCAUCGAAGUAGCUUUAAGUUGUGUGGAUCCAGAUCGACAUAAAAGACCGAGUAUAGGUGAAAUCAUUAAUGUUCUGAAUGAGACGGAAACUGCAAUACAAGUCCCUGGCGCUUCAAUGAACCAUACUGGGUCAACAUUGAACAAGGGCAAGGGAGCGCUGGAGUAUGUAUAUCGUGGGCAAGGGAGCACAUCAGUUGAGG